AUGGUAAUGUUGGAUGAUGAAGAUGACCAAAGCUUUCACGCUACGCGUGACGGCUACUCCCAUUUGAGCGAUGUCGAAUGGGAUGCGGUUGAACGAAUGGGUUCGAACAUGGGCAUCCAGGCUGUUAGCGUCAUACUAGAGGCUAUCAAUAGAGAUGCCCAACAUGCUACUACCGCCAAGUUCAUUCAAAAUGAACUUGACGCCGAACGCGAGAAAGUAGCCUUGCUUCACCAACAAGGUUCUCAACAAGCAGAGUUGUUGAGAGAACAGGGUGCUCAACAGUUUGAACUGUUGAGACAGCAGCAGGCUGCUGCUGGUGGGUCGAUGCACUCGCGUCGACCCGAGACUUUGAAGAUUGACAUCUCCAAGUAA